AUGUGCUCCGCGUUCACGACGUACUCGAUUCCCGUUAUCCAGCCGACGGAGUUGACGCCCCAGAUGCAAUCAAAACUCAUUUCGGAUGUGGACGUUAACAACUGCAACUGCAAAGGCGCCACAUGGUACCUUCCGCAUCAUGGCGUGACAAACCCAAACAAACCGGAUAAAGUUCGCGUCGUGUUCAAUCCAUCCGCUCGUCACAAAGGAACAUCGCUAAACGAACAACUGUACAAAGGCCCCGAUCUUCUAACGAUUCUCAUUUGUGUCCUUCUUCGCUUCCGGCAAUUUCCCGUCCCAAUCUCCGGCGACAUCGAGAAGAUGUACCAUCAAGUUCUUGUUCCAAAAGAGCAACAAUCUUUCUUCCGCUUUUUUUGGAGCGACGCAGGAGAACCGAAAGAAUAUCAAAUGACAGUUGAUGUCUUUGGUGCCGUAUCGUCUCCAACCAGCUGCAUCUACGCCCUGCAAAAAACAGCAAAAGACUACGGCAGCCGCUUUCCCAACGUAGCCGACGCUGUAUUCAAGAACAUUGCGUGGGUCUACCUGCGAGCCAAAUACGCAAACGGAAGCUUCGGUCUCAAUCUUCUUCUCGCAAAAGCAAGAGUCUCCCCGUUACGCCAGUUGUCUAUUCCACGUUUGGAGCUACAAGGUGCAGUUCUUGGCGUCCGAUUAUGUGACUCAGCCAUCAAGGAGAUUGGACCCAUUGCAUCGCAAGUAAUCUAUUGGUGUGAUUCUCAAACGGUACUACAAUGGAUCCACUCAAAGUCAUGCAAAUAUCAUGCGUUCGUCGCUCACCGGAUUACCGAAAUUCUUGAUAGCAGUGCCGCUUCCCAGUGGCACCACGUCCCAGGCGAAAUGAAUCCAGCCGACGAUUGUUCCCGUGGUAUUCCCGCUACUCAUCUUAUAACUCAACACAGAUGUUUCCGCGGCCCAGACUUCCUUGCCUUACCACGAUCUUCAUGGCCUUCAACUGGUGUUAUCGUUGAGCCAUCAUCAGACAAUCCUGAGGUGUCACCGGUCAAAUGGGUCGGCCACAUUCAGGUCAUCAACGACCACCCCGUCUUCAACCUAAUCCCAAACUCAUCAAAUCUGCACAAGUUGAAGCGGAUCGUCGCAUGGCUACUCCGGUUCGUCAACAAUCGCCAAAUCUAUCCUAAUAAUCAACAAUGCGCUCCUUAUGUCAAAGCUCCUGAACUCCGUGAUUUUCUUCGCUAUAUAAUCCGCGUCGAUCAACGCCAUUUCUUCGACAACGAUUUCUUAUGUUUGAUCAAAGGACGGCCGGUCUCAACAGCGUCUUCACUAUCCAAUCUCACACCAUUCUUGGAUGCCCAAAGAGUUAUCCGGUUAAUCACCGACAUGCACAAAAUCCUUAUCCAUGCAACAACAGAGCCUACGCUUCACGCACUUCGGGAAAAAUAUCACGUCCUCCAUCCUCGGGCCUCCAUCAAUCGGGUAAUCCGCAAUUGCUUCACUUGCAAGCUCCGUCGCAGUCAACCAGCGCCACCCCUUAUGGGACCACUUCCAGCUAGCUGUCUCAAAACACAUCUUCCCCCUUUUACUAAUGUCGGCAUCUACUUUUUUGGCCCGUUACCAGUAGUCAUCUUGAGAAGAUCUGUCAAACGCUACGGCGUCAUGUUUACAUGCCUGGACUGUCGAGCUGUACAUCUCGAAGUUGCAGAUUCCCUGGAUAUGGACUCCUUCAUAAACGCUUUCUCACGUUUCGCUGAUCGUCGCGGUCUCCCUCAACUUUGCUACAGCGACAACGGCACAAAUCUGGUCGCCGGUGAGCAGGAGAUCAAUCGCAUCCUUCCCCGCUGGAAUGAAGCUGACUUGGUGCGUAAGAUAGAGAAAUUGAAAAAUCUACCUAUUGAAUGGAGAUUCAGUCCGCCCGUAGCUCCUUAUUUUGGUGGCUCGUGA